GCUUAUCAAAAACGAAAUCCCCAAAUUAUGCUAAAAUAGAUGUAUAUUAGUGAUAAAUGCUGAAGUAAGGAACUGGGAACCUUAAAAGCCGUUUCUUUUAAGGGAACCGAGCCAAAAGACUUGAAUCUUUCAAAACAAUCGUUCUCCCAUCACUCAUAGCAACUGCCACUUACACCCGAACCGCUUGUUGUCAUUCGUCACUUCCUGCGCGGCAGAUCCUAAACUAGCUAAAAAGUUAGCAGCUGAUUCGGCUUGUUUUUAUGAGGAUAUUCAGUAGUUUUGACAAUGAUGAUGGUCAUAUAAGCUGAACAAACUCAAUUCCCAGUUAAACCGGAGUGAUAAUAUCUGGCCGUUGAUGACACAUUAGCCUAAUUGGCUGUUGGCUACUGUCUGUUUACAGCCUGUAAGCUUAACGCUUAGCCCUGUGUUUUCUCCAUGGAUCACCCUUUUACUGGUAACCGCGUGUUAAGGUGAGCUCGAAUUUGUGUUAAUUAAUUAGGAAUCUCCCACCAUGUCCAACCAGCUGACUGCAGAGCAGCAGCGGAAGAUAGAGGAGAACAGACGGAAAGCUUUGGAGCGAAGAGCCCAAAGACUCGGACAGCAGACUUCAGCGGGAUUUAAUGGUGCUUCAGUGCAGACAGAUUUCCCCAAGCAGAGCGAAAAUCACAGAAAUCCUCCUUUGUCUGUACCACCACGGUUUGUCCCACCUUUUAAACAAGACUCACAGAUAACCAGCAAUCAGAUCCACAGACCAAACCAACAGCUGCUACCUGGUACUAGCAAUCAAGUCAACAAGAAUACUCAGAAUAACUCGUUCAGACAGGUCACUGCUCCUCCUCCUCGAACAAAUCAGCACUUGCAAAACCUUGGGUCAUCUGGUGGAGGAAAUGUUGGUGUGAAGCCAGUUCAGGCCAUUUCUGUCACAUCUGGAAGUGCAGUUGGCUCAUUCUACAAGCCACCCAGCAUACCUGCAGCGCAGCCUCCUCCAAGAUGCAGCACAUCGGCUGCUGCAAAGAAGGCUGCCAUCUCUGUGAGAGGGAAGUGUGUGCCUCAUGCAGAGGAUCGUUUCAAGGUAGAAGUGGGCUAUCAUGCAGAGCUUAUUGCCGUUUUUAAGUCCAUCCCUUCAAAGAACUAUGAUCCUGCCACAAAAACAUGGAACUUCAGUCUGGAUGACUACACACAGCUGAUGGACCAGGUGGCUGCCAUUCCCUCGGUUUCCCUGAGGCCGCUGGAGGGAAUCGCCGCUUUGGACUCGGCGCCCAGCCGACCCUGUGACGGUGCAGCACUGGCGGCGCUGCUGAAGCUGUGCAAUGGCUGGCAGAAACCCGGCGCCAGUGUGCAAGGGCAGUGCAUCCUGGUGUCGCGGACGAAGUUUGAGGUUGACAUCCCUUACCAUGCUGACGUCAUCGCAGUGUUUAAGCAGAUGCCAACAAAAAACUAUGACAUGAAGACACGAAAGUGGAGCUUUUCACUGGAGGACUACAAGAGACUGAUGGAUCUGCUCAGUGGGAUGGCAGGAGUGGAGGUGGAGCCUCUUCCCAGGGCAGUAAUUCAGGCGUUCGCUGCCAGCUUCAACGGGACCGUCGCCAAGUCUUCAGACGUCCCUGAGGCGGACCUCUCAAGCAUCGACCCCACCCUCACCUCCAGCCUCAUGCCCUUCCAGAAGGAGGGAGUCAACUUUGCAGUGUCUAAGCAAGGCCGCCUCCUCCUGGCUGAUGACAUGGGCUUGGGAAAGACGGUGCAGGCCAUCUGCAUAGCGGCCUACUACAGGAACGAGUGGCCCUUGUUGGUGGUGACGCCUUCAUCUGUUCGGUUCACCUGGGCGGAGGUACAAAAAUAAAGCUAACUAUUUAACUCUUUG